ACCGCCGAAGCGAGACACCAGCCGGCCGCGCCGCGCCGCCACGAACGCCAGCCGCCGCUCCGCGACGACGAGGAGCGCGGGAUGGGGCGGAAGAAGCCCAACGACGGAGGAGCCGGGGGCGGCGGCAAUCCUCCACUCCCCGUGCCCAAGGAGAAGAUGAUGCGCUUCAGGGCAGUGCUCAGGGACUUCAAGGCCUCCCACGAACAGGUAUACAAAUUCGAUGCUAGUCUAUCCAAGGAAGAGCGUGGCGCAAUCCAUUUUAUGUGUAGAAAGAUGGGCUUGAAAACGAAAAGUACCGGGAAUGAGAAUGUUCGACGCCUUAGUGUUUACAAACGUAACAAUAAGAAAGACACACAGGGGCCUGCAGAAGGCCCUAGCAGACUUGGAUUUUCUAAAGAAGCAACACAGGUUUUGCUAGAUUUAUUUACGCAUUAUCCUCCUGAUGAAGCUGAAUUAAAUGGUGAUGCCGUCAAGAAAUCUGGCAAGAAGGCUGCAAGAAUUCCAUGGAAAAGAGAUGGUGCCUUUCGCAGGCCAACUAUGAGCGGACGUGAUAUAGCAAAGAAGGUUGAGAUGCUUACAUCUAACACAAGUGGACAGCUGAGGAAGAUUGCUGAAGACAGAUCCAAACUUCCGAUAUCAUCCUUCAAGGAUCACAUUUGUUCUACUCUGGAAAACCACCAGGUGGUUCUUAUUUCUGGAGAAACAGGCUGCGGUAAAACUACCCAGGUUCCUCAAUAUAUCUUGGAUUAUGUGUGGGGCAAGGGUGAAUCAUGUAAGAUCAUAUGUACUCAGCCGCGACGGAUAUCAGCUACUUCAGUUGCCGAACGAAUAUCUGCUGAAAGAGGAGAGGCUGUUGGUAACACAGUUGGGUACAAGAUACGUUUGGAGUCAAAAGGAGGGAAGAAUUCGUCAAUCAUGUUCUGUACUAAUGGUGUUCUUUUGAGGCUGUUGAUAGGCAGAGUAACUAACGUUCAAACAGCACAAAAUGUGACACACUCAUUUGAUGAUCCAAUUAUGGAGAUAACACACAUCAUUGUGGAUGAAAUCCAUGAAAGGGAUAGGUAUUCCGAUUUCAUGUUAGCUAUCCUGAGAGAUUUGCUGCCGAUGUAUCCGCAUCUUCAUAUAGUGCUCAUGAGUGCAACAAUCAACGCUGACCGUUUUUCUCAGUAUUUCAACGGAUGCCCGGUUAUUGAAGUCCCUGGCCAUACCUACCCUGUUAAAACUUUCUAUUUGGAGGAUGUGCUUUCUAUUCUGCAAUCUGUAGAUGAUAAUCAUCUUCAUCCCGCAUCAGAUGAUCUGGAGCUGAAGACUGUGUUAACCGAUGAGUACAAAAGCUCACUGGAUGAAGUAAUUAGUAUGGCUUUGGUCAAUGAUGAAUUUGAUCCUCUCAUUGAGCUUAUUUCUGUAGAGCAGAACCCAGAAGUCUUCAACUACUCACAUUCAGAAACUGGUGUGACACCUUUGAUGGUUUUUGCUGGAAAAGGUCAACUUGGGGAUGUCUGCAUGCUUCUAUCAUUUGGUGUGGAUUGUUCUGCACGUGAUCACGAUGGAAAAUCUGCAUUAGAUUGGUCUCAGCAAGAGAAUCAGAAAGAGGUUUAUGAAGUAAUAAAAAAACACAUGGAUUGUACUCCAGCAAAAUCACCUGAAGAGAAUGAUCUUCUUAAUAAAUACUUAGCAACUAUCAGUCCAGAGCACAUAGAUACUGUGCUGAUAGAACGCUUGCUUAAAAAGUUAUGUGCUGAUUCAAGUGAAGGAGCUGUAUUGAUCUUCCUUCCUGGUUGGGAAGCUAUAAAUAAAACAAGAGAGAGGUUACUUGCUUCUUCCAUCUUUCGGGAUUCAUCAAAAUUCCAUGUGCUGUCUCUCCAUUCCAUGAUCCCAUCUUCAGAGCAGAGAAAGGUUUUCCAACGUCCACCUGCUGGGGUUCGUAAAAUUAUUCUCUCAACGAACAUAGCGGAGACUGCAGUAACAAUUGAUGAUGUUGUAUUUGUCAUAGAUAGUGGAAGAAUGAAAGAGAAAAGUUAUGAUCCGUAUAAUAGUGUGUCCACGCUUCAAACUUCCUGGGUUUCUCGAGCUAGUGCAAGGCAGCGUGAAGGGCGUGCUGGUCGUUGUCAGCCAGGAACUUGCUACCAUCUUUACUCUAGAUUGCGAGCAGCUUCACUGCAAGAAUACCAAACUCCUGAAAUUAAUAGGAUGCCAAUUGAAGAACUAUGUUUGCAGGUCAAACUGCUUGAUCCAAACUGCAGAAUAGCAGACUUUCUAAAGAAGACCUUGGAUCCUCCAGUUUCUGAGACUGUAAAAAAUGCUAUUACUGUGCUUCAGGAUCUUGGUGCUUUAACACAAGAUGAACAGUUGACAGAUUUGGGUGAAAAGUUAGGUUCUCUUCCGGUUCAUCCAUCCACAAGCAAGAUGCUCCUGUUUGCUAUAUUGAUGAACUGCCUUGAUCCUGCAUUGACAUUGGCAUGUGCAGUAGAUUAUAGAGAUCCUUUCGUCCUUCCAGUCGAUCCAGAUCAGAGAAAAAGAGCCGAUGCAGCCAAAAUCGAGCUUGCUUCAUUAUAUGGUGGAUUUAGCGACCAGCUUGCUGUUGUGGCAGCAUUUGAUUGUUGGAGAUGUGCUAAAGACACGGGCCAAAAAGCUUUGUUUUGUUCACAAUAUUUUGUCAAUUCAAACACCAUGACUAUGUUGUCAAGUAUGCGAAAACAGCUUCAGAAUGAACUAGCUCAAAGAGGAUUUCUUCCUGCUGAAGCAUCUGCCUGCAACUUAAAUGCUAAAGCUUCAGGUAUCAUUAGCGCAGUCCUUAUGGCUGGCGCUUACCCCAUGGUUGGAAAGCUGCUUCCUCCUUGCAAAAAUGCCAGGAAUACAGUUGUGGAAACAGCAAGUGGUGCCAAAGUUCGAUUGCAUCCGUCUUCUGCAAACUAUAACUUGUCAUUAAAUAAAUCUUCUGGAUAUCCGCUAGUCAUAUAUGAUGAAAUUACUCGAGGUGAUGGUGGGACGUUGUCUAUAAAGAAAUGUUCUGUCGUUGGGUCAUAUCCACUACUUCUGCUUGCUUCCGAAAUGGCUGUUGCUCCACCUGAUGGUGAUAAUGAUGAAGAGGAAGGUUCCAGUGGGGAUGAAGUGAUUAUGUCUUCUCCUGAUAACACUGUUUCAGUUGUUGUUGACCGCUGGCUCAGAUUUCAUGCGACAGCUCUUGAUGUUGCUCAAAUGUACUGCCUAAGAGAACGUCUAGUAUCUGCUAUACUUUUCAAAGUCCAACACCCGCAGGAUGUUCUCCCACCUGCUCUUGGAGCAACGAUGUAUGCCAUUGCAUGUAUCUUGACAUAUGAUGGCUUGCCUGCUAUGGUUCAAUGUAACACCGGUGCUUUUGAUUCAAGGCCAGCAGAAAGGAGAGGUGGUGGUUAUAUUCGACCUAAUGAUUUCCUUACGUCAUUGCUAACGGACAGAGUCGCACCACUUGCUGAGUAUCUUUCUCCGGAGAAUAUUCUGCCCCCAAGUGCUGGUGGUAGAUAUAGUCUACCCAGCAAAACUGUACCAGGGCCUUCAGCACCACAAUCUUCCAAAAGGCAGCGUGACAGUGCUCGGCGCCGGAGGCCUCAAUAGUGUGUUUCAUGUACUUCUGUACUGGAUAUCACGCUUGGGGUCUCUGAAGAAAAGAGCUUUGUUUGAAAAUGACAAAAGAUUUUGCUUUCCUCUAGUUAAAAGCAAAAUGUGAAAGCAAGCAUGGAUGAAGAGACCAUAAUCCAGAAACCAGUGCAUCUUGUUGUUCUGUUCACCUCUCUCUACCUUGCUCUUUUGCGUGCCGGCACUACCAUCUAGUGCCAUGGUGUAUCUGCGUUUCAGAGAGCAGCCAAUUAGGUUAUGUGCUGUACACAGUGGUUGUUUCUAAGAUUUAGGAUUUACUAGCGUCUUGUUCAGGACAUGUAUGAAAUGUACUUACUUGUAUCCUCUACCUUUGUGCCAUGACAUGAGCAACAGGAGGGAGGCGCAUUUCGGAGAUUGGGUGGGUUGUACUUUUGUCCAUCCGAUCACCUUUUGAGAAACUAGGUCGAUACAGUUCAAUACGAAAAACACAAAGUUCUGAACUA